AAACAAUUGGAAUUUCUUUAAAACAUGAAAAAUAUUUACAUCCUAUAUAUAUCCGUCAAAGCUAAUAAAACCAAAACUUCCGGAUAGAUGGCGCUCUCUUUCAAUAUGGCUGCGCCCAUGUGUGGAAAUUUCUUUAGCACAGACCCAACAGAGACAAAGGAAAUAGUCCACCUCCUGACCCAGAAUGGACUCUGUCCCCGGUGUGUCCUUAGAUUCCUGGGGGUGGGAGAGACUGCAGUGUUUAGAUCCUCCACAGAGGAACUGACUCAGAAGGUUAUAUCACUGGCGGGCGGACAGGAAGAUAUUUUCUCCUCCCUCCCGUGUCCUGCUUGUCUGGGAAUCCUACAGGUGUACCUAGAGAAUGAAUUUAUCAACAGAAUUGCUGAGACUGUGCAAUCCAAUGAUCAUGAGUUUAAGACCUUCAUCUGUUCUCUGACUACCCCAGUUUGUUCGCUGCUCAGAGAGCAUGCGUUCCUUCUGCUGUUGAGAGAAAAGUUUAAAGCCCUGUAUGAUUAUAAAGUCGUGGAGGACAUUGCGUCAGUUAAGGAUGUCUGGAAAUGGAAGAGUGGUCCAAUCCUAGCCGGGGCACUGAAUGCACCUUUUGAAAACAAGAGCAAGUUUGAUAUCAUUCUCAACUUUACAUAUGAGAAGUCGGACAAAGAGUGCUCCUUUCUGUCUUAUCACAGUCCAGAAGUAUUCAGAAAACGGAAGAAACAACAAAAGAAUUACGGUGAUACGUACACAAGAACCAAUGUUACCAAAGUAUUGUCAGACAUGACGGAUGGAUAUUUCCAAAGGAACUACAGCAUUCCUAAGAGCAGUGAGGAAAAUAUCUGUAAAUGUGACGAGAUCCGGUGUGUUCAUGAUGCUGUCUACGUGGCGGGUCGAUAUAACAAGUACAGUCGAACCCUGAGCCAGACGCCAUGGAUGCUGGACGGAGGCCGAAAAAGUCAGUCAUCCGUGGAGGAGGAAAUCUGUGGGCCGCUGAAGCAGAAGUUCAGGUUCACCGAGCAACGCUUUUCUUCAUCUGGUCGAGAAGAUGUGGAUGUUAGGAUGUUAGGAAAAGGUAGGCCAUUUGUUGUAGAGAUGGAUGAUCCACACAGAGUUCAAUUUACAGCACAGGAUCUCUUAGAAAUACAAAAGGAAAUUAACAAGUCAGCUGAUGUGAAAGUCAGGGACUUACAAAUUGUAGACAAAAUUGAUGUGAAUAAACUAAAGGAGGGUGAAAUAGAGAAAACAAAGACCUAUUUUGCACUGUGCUGGUCCAAAGAGCCGCUGAGUCAAGAACAACUUACCAAGCUCAAUGAUGUGAAGGAUCUGGUCAUUUAUCAGAAGACACCAAUCCGUGUCCUUCACCGUCGACCUCUGGCGACGAGGGAGAGAGUCGUGUACAGCAUGGCAGCGGAGAAAGUCGACGACCUACAUUUCAAUCUGAGUCUCUCCACCCAAGCGGGCACCUAUAUAAAGGAGUUUGUUCAUGGGGAUUUUGGGAGAACCACUCCAAACCUGGGAACACUGAUGGAAGUGGAAUGUGACAUUCUAGAACUUGAUGUGCAGAGUGUUGAGCUGGACUGGCCACCAAGUCUGGGAGACAGCUGACAACACAGUGGAGGCAUUCGUACAUUACAGAUUAGUUUUAAAUUACUGUUUUAAAUUUUCACACAUAAAAUAAAAAUUCAGAAAUAA